AUGGCGGGCCGGACGUUGGUCUUCGGCGGCCGCGGCUUUGUGGGCGCCGCAGUAUGCAGGGAGCUUGCCAAGCGAGGCUUGCCCGCCGCCAGCCUGGGUCGCUCAAAGCCGGCAAGUGCAGCUGAGAGCGCGAACGUAGAGGAGAUCAGCGGGGUGGACGCGCUGAACCCUGAGACCUUCGAGGCGUUGAUGCCCGGCGCCCGCGCGGUGGUGAUCGCUGUUGGAGAGCCCCCCUGGAUCCGGGACAAAGAGAGGGCUAUGAGGUCCAAUGGAACCACCAACAUCUCGAUCCUGGAAACCGCGGCCAAGCACAAGAUCCCUCGAGUGGUGCUGGUGAACGCUACAAUGCCCAGCUGGUCGCUCAUUGCGCCAUAUCGCGAGGGCAAGUUGGCCGCCGAAAAGGCGGCUCUCAGCUACCCCGAGAAGUGCGGCUCCGAGUGCCACGUGCUUGUGGUCAAGCCCGGUGCCAUCACCGGCACGCGGCUGGAGGGGACCACCUCAGUCCCGCUGUGGAUUUUUAUGGAGCCAAUGCGCCUGGUGAUGUCUUUGCUAUCCAGGCCUUGCGAGGCCAUGGAGUCCUGCUGGCCUGGCCUCUUCGGAGGCGUGCUGCGGCCGCCCGUCCGGGUGGAGGAGAUCGCCGCCGCGGCGGCGGACGCCGUCGAGGCGGAGACAUUGAAGGGCGUGCAGGAGCUGGGCACAAAGCAGCUCGUGGGCUACAGCUCUCCCAGCAAGGAGGACUGA